UUAGCCAGAAUGGUCUCGAUCUCCUGAAUUCGUGAUCCACCCACCUCACCCUCCCAAAGUGCUGGGAUUACAGGUGUAAGCCACCGCGCCCGGCCCCAGUUUGGGUUUUAAAUGACAGUUUUCUCUGUUGCGCCAGCACCUCCCCUAAGUUCAGGGACCUUCACCCCCCAGCCUGGGCAUUUUAGCCUGGAAUGCAACUUGCGGGGUUGCUUGGUGCUUGAGGCCAGGAUAUGCUCUGAGCUGGCGAUGGCCAUCUCUUCUUCUGGGGCCUCUCGUUUCCCUCUGACCUUCUGCCCUCAUCACCUGGUGAUCUGGACCCAGGGCCAUAUCCCUUCUUCGCCCAGUUCUUGGGGCAGUGACCAUGUCAGGCCAUGUGUGGUGCCCUGUCUGCCCCUCCAUGAAACCUGGGAACUGUGGGAGAACAUGGGGACAGCCCAGGGGCAGGCUGGGGUUCCUGUGUGCUCCUCAGGAAUGCCCCUCAGUUCCACACGGCCUUGUCUGAACUGGUCUGUACCUGGUGCGCAUGUCCUUGUGCCCAACGGUCUGGAGGGAGCACUGAGUGAGCCGUUGCCUCCAGGCCUCUCCCGUGGUCCAGGAUGUUACAAGGGACACCUCUCCAAAGAUGCGUGGGUGGGGGUGCUGAGUUAGCAGUCGGCACCCUCUAUAGCCCGUCCCCCAGCUGCUGGUGCAUCCCGUAGCAGGGCCAGGUCCCCCAGGAAGUGGGGGCAUCUCUGUAGAGUUGGCAGACCCUGCCCAUCCUGGGGUUGUGGCCCAAGCCCGGUGCUCCUUGUGAGGACAGAUUCUCUUAAUUAGGGAUGUCCCCGGCACUUGUGCCACAGAGCUGGCCUCUGGUCCUGCACACUCCAGACACAUCCACCCUGGCUCACACACCCCGCUCACAAGCACCCCGGUUUCCAUGCACCCCAGGCUCCCAUGCACCCUGCUCAUAUGCACCCCAGUUCCCAUGCAUCCCCACUCACACGCACCCUGGUUCCCACACACCCCAAGCUCCCACGCACCCCGGCUCACAUGCACCCCUGCUUACAUGCACCCCCAUUCACAUGCACCCCAGGCUCCUACGCAUCCUGGCCAACAAGCAUCCUGGCCCACAUGCAUCCCUGCUCACAUGCACCCUGGCUCCCACGCACUCUGGCGCAGAUGUACCCCUGCUCACACGCACCCCGGCUCACACAGCCCCCCUGGCUCACAUACAUCUCUGGGGUCACAUGCACCCCAGCUCACACCCAUCCCGACUCGCACCCCAGCUCACAGGCAUCCUGGCCCACACACACCCUGGCUCACAUGCACCCCGGCUCACACGCUCCCUGGUCCCCAUGCACCUCAGCUCACACGCACCCCGGCUCACACGCUCCCUGGCCCCCAUGCACCUCGGCUCACAUGCACCCCGGGCCCACACGCACCCCCUCUUGUACCCCAGCUCACAUGCACCCCUGCUAACACACCCCCUCUCACAGGCACCCCGGCUCACACAUGCCCCAGGCUCAUGCAUCCCUCCCCUGGUGCAUCUCUGGGCCGCCCUCUGCCAGGCUGUGCUGGCUCCCAUCCCCAAGCCUUUUCCUGGUCUCCUAGGAAGCCUCCCCUCUCCCCCUAAGCUGCUUCUGGAGCUGGGUUUGCUCAGAAGCAACACCCAGGCUGGGCACUCUGCCCAGGUCUCCUAUUGGCUCCUUAGCAGCACCCCUGGAGCCAUGAGGGGCUGUGUGGUCAGAGCCAGCAAGUUAGCCCCUGCCUUGGUACUCCGAAUCCUGGGGCCCAGAGCACAGGGGUGACCCGUCUUCCUGCACCCGGUCUGUCUAGCGCCCCUGCGUCCCUGCAUCCCGUGCCUGGCCUGCUGGGGAGGGGCUCUGGGCUUGGGUGUCAGAGCUCAGCAGGCACCAGGAGCACAGGGGUGACCCGUCUUCCUGCACCCGGUCUGUCCAGCGCCCCUGUGUCCCGUGCCUGGCCUGCUGGGGAGGGGCUCUGGGCUUGGGUGUCAGAGCUCAGCAGGCACCAGGAGCCAGCGGCUCGGCAGGGCUUCCCAGGACAGGCCCUGAGCCAGCAGCCUCCGGACGGCAUUCUGGUGUGAACGUUCAGCAGAGAUGCUGCCUUGGGAAGGCCGGGGAAGGACAGCCUGCAUGCUCCCCAGGACGGCCUGAGCACGUGUGGGACUUGUGGGCCCCAGCAGGGGGGAUUCUGCUUUGAGGGGAUUUCACCCUGAGGAGCCCAGAGGGACCCAAGACACCAGUGAGAGGCCUGGCCUGAACCUCUGGCCACCAAGUGACCACGCCGGCCUUGGGCAGGGAGCCACGUCCCAUCUCCCCAGCAUAGGCUCCUGCCUGCCUGCCAGCCAGUGAAAGGGUGGCGGUCUCCAACCUGCAGCCUGGCCUGGCUGAUGCACUGCUCAGGGAGGGGCAGGGGAGCGUGCACACGAGGAGGGGGCAUCUCCCACCCCCAGGCCCCCUGAGGCAAGAGUCUUGGGGCCCAUGGGGCCUGCGGGAGCCCUGCCAGGGUGGAGGCCCCAGGCCUGUCGUGAACCGAGCUGGUGUGGCGGGUGGGGGUGGGCCGGCUGCUGGUGGCCAGCAGCUCAUCUCCCAGCCUUGGUUUCUGUCUGGAAAGUGGGGUGUGAGUCUGCCACUGGGGCUUGGGAGGCUUUUAUGGGGUGACUUGGGGCUUCUGGUAGCCCCCAGGGAACCCCCAGAGCCUGUGGUCUGGGUGCUCUGAGGGGUUCCAUCGGGUAGAGGGGUGGCUUUGCCAGCCUCCUCCCAAGUCCCGUCUGAUCGGGUGGGGCAGGGAUCCCGCAGGGCUGUGUGGCCCUUCCCCAGAACCAGUCCACCGUCGGCAGCCCAGGACGUCUACCCACCACCCGCCUGGGCGCCCACACUGCGGACCAGGAGCUGGUCAGCGUUUUCCGGUGACUGCUUACCCCGUGCCCAGGUCUGGAACGUAUCUUCCGUCUCCCCCUGAAACGGCCCAAGCCCGAGGCCUCAGCGUCUGAGGGUGGGGGUCCGACAGGACCCCUGCUUCCCUUGAGGCCUUGCUGAGCUGGCAGCCUAGCACCCUCUCUCCGGGCGCAGGACCCCCUCGUCUCCCCCGCCUCUUCCUGUUUUAAUUGAUUUUUAUAAGAACAAGCACUUAGGAAACACAGUAAGAGCUCCAGCGGUUACAGAGGCUGCGGGAGGUGCUCCUGGGGGACCUGCCUUCUCCGUUCCCGCCAGUGCCUGUGUGGCUGUAAGAAAUCAUAACUUGGCUGGGCACAGUGGCGCAUGCCUAUAAUCUCAACACUUUGGGAGGCCAAGGCGGGCGGAUCACGAGGUCAGAUCGAGACCAUCC